UUAACAAUUGUUAUGCAGAGCAUCCGGAAGGAGCCGGAGAGAAAACCAACGCAGCACGCCGGUGAUAGCAGUCACAGCCACCAACCCCUCCAGGCCGGCAGUGCCCUCCCCAUUUCGUUGCUGCUGCUUCCACCGGGAUCUGCUCAUGGAGGCGGUGGAAGACACCAAUCUGGAGGCCGCGAUCGGGUGGCUCGCAGAUACCAUCCUUGCAAAUCUCCCAGCCGGCGGCAAGCUGGAGUCAUGGAUUCACCAAGCUGGCCUCGGCAACGACAUCGGGAGGCUCAAGUCUGAGGUGGAAGCGGUGGAGAUGGUGGUCUCUACUGUGCAGGGGAGGGCGGCCGGAAACAAGCCGCUGACCAAAUCCCUCGCUCGGGUCAAGGAGCUGCUAUACAACGCCGACGAUGUGGUCGACGAGCUCGAUUGCUACAGGCUCCAGCAGGAGCUCCAACCAGAGACACUUCUGGAAACGGAUGGUCAUGGGAUGCGGCAAACUGUUGAGAGAUGUAGAGAAAAUGCCGAUGAUGUACAGAGUAGCAGUAAUGGCAGGCUACGGUCCAAGGAAUGGAUUCAUUUUGAAAUCACAGAGUUUGAACAAAACGGAGGCCCUGCCAAAGCAAGAUGUAAGCACUGUGAAAAAGUGGUCAUGUGCACAACCAAAAUGGGGACAUCAGUUUUGCGCAAUCAUCUCAAUAGCAAAGGUUGUAGCCACAAACGUGGAGCAAAUGAACAUUUAAGAACCACUGAUGCUACUAGGAUUCCUACGCCUGUUGCAACUGGUGAUUCGUCCAGCAGAAAAAGGAUGAGAACCAGUGAGGAGUCAACACACAUCGCCACAGCUAAUCCAAACAGGUGGAACAAGGACACAUUUCCCGAAAGGAUACAAGACAUCACUAGUCAGCUGCAAGUCAAACGAGAGGCUGUCACAAAGCUUCUCAAGAUACUUGGGUCAGACUCUGGUGGUGCAAGUUCUAAUCACUGUCAGAGUACUAUCUCAGAUACACGCCGAAGAACAUCAAGUCUUAUUCAAGGAAAAGUGUAUGGGAGAGCCACAGAGAAGAGAUCCAUCAAAAAGUUGAUAGAGGAACACAAAUCAACUACCACUGUAACUGUGCCUAUUAUAGGCAUUGGAGGAGUUGGGAAGGCAGCUCUCGCUCAGCUCGUAUACAAUGAUCCAGCUUUGGGAAGUCAGUUUGAUCACAAGAUAUGGAUUUGGGUGUCUAACAACUUUGAUGAAAUGAUAGUUACAAUAGAGAUGUUAGAUUGCGUCUCCCAAGAAAUGCAUGAUGGCCUAUGCAGCUUUCCCAAGCUUCAAGAGGUCUUGAAGGGACAUAUUAAAUCAAAGAGGGUUCUACUCAUAUUAGAUGAUGUCUGGGAAGACAUGGAUGAUAGCAGAUGGAAUAAAUUGUUGACUCCUUUCAAGUCUGGAGGUGCAAAUGGCAAUAUGAUAAUUAUAACAACUAGGAAACUGUCUAUUGCAAACAGGAGAGGAACCAUCAGACCAAUUAAGUUAGGUGCUUUGAGAAAGGACGAUUUUUUGUUACUGUUUAAAGCAUCCGCUAUUGGUUAUUGAUCGGAGAGGUGUCUCGGUCAUGUCUACAUAGUUCUCGAACCCGUAGGGUCCACACGCUUAACGUUCGUUGACAUAUAGUGUUAUAUGAGUUAUAUGAUUUGGUGA